GUUAAAAUAGUGAAAAAAAAGGUAGAGGAAGGGUGGCGGAGCUAAAUUCAGUGUUUGAACAGUUGAAUUGAAUUGUGAAAUUAUGAAUUGUGAAUUGUGAAUUUGGGGACGACGACGACUCCAACAAACAAUUCAAUUCAAUCGCAUCCUCUCUGGGUUUUCUUCUCCCUUCCAAUUUAGGGUUUCCUUUUCCGAUUUCGGGGAGGAACCAAUUUGAGUCGCCUAUGGAGUUGAUGUUCAUGGGCUCCCGAUUCCACUUCCACUCCGCUUUCGACGCCGCUUCCGAGGCCUUUUCUGAACGCCUUCACGCCCUCAUUCUCAUUGUUCUUCUCUGACUCACUGGGUUCUCCAUUAUUGUUCCCCCCCUCUUCCCUUCUUCUUCUCUCCAAUCUGCCUGUGUUGCUGCGAUGGAUUUGAUGUCUGGGAAUUCUGAGCCUGAAGAUCGUGAGGUUGCGGAGAAAGAUCCGACGGGACGGUACAUACGGUACGAUGAAAUUUUGGGUAAAGGAGCAUUCAAGACAGUAUACAAAGCAUUCGACGAAGUCGGUGGAAUAGAAGUUGCAUGGAGCCAAGUGGACAUUGAAGAUGUUUUGCAGUCACCGGAACAACUCCAACGAUUAUAUUCUGAGGUUCAUCUCCUAAAGUCACUGAAACAUGAAAAUAUCAUCAAGUUCCAUAGCUACUGGGUUGAUGAUGAGAACAAGACUAUCAACAUGAUAACAGAAUUGUUCACUUCUGGGAGUUUGAGGCAAUAUCGAAAGAAGCACCGUAAAGUUGACAUGAAGGCCUUCAAGAACUGGGCAAGGCAGAUACUGCGGGGUUUAACCUAUUUGCAUGGUCACAAUCCUCCAAUUAUUCACAGGGAUUUGAAAUGCGAUAAUAUAUUUGUUAACGGAAAUACUGGAGAAGUUAAAAUUGGAGAUCUCGGAUUGGCAAUUGUCAUGCAGCAGUCUACUGCUCGAAGUGUUAUUGGCACUCCAGAGUUCAUGGCCCCAGAGCUUUAUGAUGAGGACUAUAAUGAACUUGUCGACAUAUAUUCUUUUGGCAUGUGCAUGUUGGAAAUAGUUACGUGUGAAUACCCAUAUAAUGAAUGUAAAAAUGCUGCUCAAAUAUUCAAGAAGGUUACUUCUGGUACAAAGCCUGCUUCCCUUGAAAAAGUGUUGGAUCCUCAAGUUAAGCAGUUCAUAGAGAAGUGUCUGGUUCCAGCAUCCAUGAGACUACCUGCAAGUGAACUCUUGAAAGAUCCAUUCCUUGUGAUUGAAAAUACUAAGGAGCAUAGUUCCGAACCUUCAAGGUUAUUGAAUGCGCAGUUCAUAUCGGUAAAUCCUCCACUGCUUGGUUCCAAUCCAGUGGACAUAGCUCAUAGCUGCAUGAAACUCUCAGGCUCAGAGAGCUCAUCUGCCAAAAGCAGUAAUGAAAUUUCUCACUUUUCAACUCCGGAGCUCUCUGCCAAAAGCAGUAAUGAAAUUUCUCACUUUUCAACUCUGGAGCUCACUGCCAAAAGCAUUAAUGAAGUUUCCCACUUUUCAAGUUUGGAACUUCAGAGAUUCACUGAGAAUAAUGAAUUGAUGUUGAAAGGGGAAAUGACGGAUCAUAAUACAAUUUCAUUCCAUUUGCGCAUUGCUGAACAAUGUGGUAAAUCGAAGAAUAUCCAUUUUGCCUUUUACCUUGAUUCUGAUACUGCCUUGGCAAUUGCUUUGGAGAUGGUUGAACAACUUGAACUGUCAAAUGAAGAUGCGACUACCAUAGCCAAACUAAUAGAUGAGUUAAUUACCAAGUUUGUUCCCAGCUGGAAACCGUGUGCAAAUAUUUGCUCUGAAACUCAAGAGGAUAAGACCUUCAUUCCUCCUUUCUUCCCUGAGCUUGUACUGUCAUCUCCCAUGGUGGCUGACGCUAGGAAAUCUCUGACACAUUUGGCCGACAUGGAAGAUCAAGACAACCAGCAGUCGAUUAUCUCGUGCGCAUCACUGGAUUACAUCCAUUCGACAACCUCAGGUUACAGCACUGGAAAAGGAUCAGAAUACGGCGACUUCGGCCACCCUGAAGGCGAAAAAGUGUUUAUCAGCGAACCAAUUGAUUCUGACACCGCAGUUUCCGUCUCGACUGUGAUAGAUUUUGCGAAACCGUCUCUAAUCUCCUCCUGCUCAGGAAUGUCUAAAGAUUUGAGUUUGUCGAGCUUUUCCUCGUUUUCUGUGGAAGAAAGAGAUCACCAUGAUGAACUGAAGCUGGAGAUUGAUGCUAUUGACUUGCAGUACCACCAGUGCCUUUGUGAACUCUCAAGAAUGAGAGAGGAAGCAAUAGAAAGUGUCAAGAAGAGGUGGAUGGCAAAGAAGAAAGCUUGUGCUAUUUGAAGCACAGCCCCCAAUUUCCCAAGGAUUUACAAUGUUUUCUUUUGGCAACAAUUGAAGAUUGUCUUAUUUUUUUAAUACUGACAUUUAUUCUUUACAUUCUAUCCAACCAAGUCCUAACUCCUAACUUCUGUUCUCACCCCACAGUCCUUUCAUUACAUAGUUUAGACAUAUUCAUUGCGUUGCAUUUGUUCCACAUUCUUCCCCAUGUGCAACUUUUUUAAACUCUAUAUUUUCCAUGUAUUCUUUCA